AUGCUCUCUGAAAACACAAAAACGAUUACUCGGAUUGCAAUAAUCGGUGUGGGUCAGGUUGGUGCCGCUGCUGCUUACGCACUAAUUCUGGGCUCUAUUGCUAGUAAAUUGCUGUUGGUAGAUAUCAAGGUCGACUUGAGAGACUGCCAGGUUUGUGAUGUUCCCGAUCCCUACAGAGGCGAAACUAGCAUUCGGCACAUGUACCAAAAGAUCCACAUGUACCAAAAGAUCACCAUUAUCGAGAGCAUUACCAACGCAAUGAAGCCAUUCAGACCCGAUACAAUUCUACUAAUCGCGGCUAACCCCGUCGAUGUUAUUACUUCCUUCAGUCAAGAGCACUCUGGGCUACCAGCGUCACAGGUGCUGGGCUCUGGAACUUUUCUCGAUUCAAUUAGGCUUCGCGGAAUGCUAGCAGAUCAAGCCGGGGUCGCCGCAAAUGCAAUGGAUGUCCAAGUACUGGGCGUGCACGGGGAGUAA